AUGAUUUUCCCAAUUUUUUUCAUAAUUCUCUCAUUUUUCCCCGCCAAAAUUUCUGGAAAAUGUCACGAAUCGGAAUUUUUGGAUCCCAGCGGCAAAUAUUGUUAUAUUUAAGCGGAUCGGAAAUAUGCGAAUUUUCACGAUGCUGAAAAAACCUGCUAUAAUUAUGGUGGAUAUAGUUUGGCCAAAAUUCCCACAGCAAUUGAUAAUAGUUUUGUUUGGAGUGAGUUUUGAGGGGGGAUUGAACUUGGGUAGCUAUUUAGAUUGGGAAUGUGACCUCUAACCGGCUGAGCCACAAAGUAGGCAGGCAGGGGAAUCGAACCUAUCACCUCCCACCUCAUAUCCACAACUCUAACCACCUGAGCCACUUCCAGACCUCAUAAAAUCCGCCGGUAAACCAUUCUACAUUGGCCUGCUAGAUUUGAAUCUCGAUGGAAGUUUUCGAUGGUUAGAUGGAACCUCUUUGCUAUAUUCAAAUUGGGCUUCAAAUUCUGCUGCAAUUCCAGGAGACUGUGUAAUAAUUGAUGGAAAUACUGGAAAAUGGAAACAGACACCGUGUAAUUUAGAAUAUCAAUUUAUUUGUUAUGGACAAGCACCAAAUGCACCAACUGAUAUACCAAGUAAGCGAAAAAAUAUUUGAAGUCGGAGAAACAAGUGCGCUCCAAUGAGAAACUCGCGAUUUUUUGUGUUUUUCGAAGGAAAAUAGGUUUCCUGACUGAAAUUCUGUGCUGAAAAUCAUGUAAUUAUUGAUUUCCAGUGGUUUUCAGCAUUUUCAGCGCGAAAAUCGGAUCUCGAAGUAUUUUUAAAGCUAUAGAAUAGCGUUUUCAAAUGCAAAUAUUUGAAGUCGGAGAAGCAUAUGCGCUCCAAUGAGAAAAUUGCGAUUUUUCUUGUUUUUCGAAGGAAAAUAGGUUUCCUGAGCCAAUUUUCGUGCUGAAAAUCAUGAAAUUAUUGAUUUUCAGUGGUUUUCAGCAUUUUCAGCACAAAAUUCUGAUCUAGAAGUAUUUUUAAAGCUAUAGAAUAGCGUUCUCAAAAAAAAUAUUUGAAGUCGGAGAAGCAAAUGCGCUCCAAUGAGAAAAUCGCGAUUUUUCUUGUUUUUCGAAGGAAAAUAGGUUUCCUGAGCCAAAUUUUGUGCUGAAAAUCAUGAAAAACCUCAUUUUUCAGCCGUUUCCCCACCAACAACCCCACCAAAACCGCUUCGCCAAGAAACCGAAUCGCUGUUUUUUGUGAUGGACGCAGAGAGUUUGGGAAAUCCGAAUAGUAUUCAAGAAGCGGCGGAUUUCUAUACAAAACAGAGAGAUUUUACGAUUUCUGUCAUGAAAUCAAUCAUUGCUCAGCCUAACAAUGGAAAUAAUCAAUGUACUUAUUUGGCUGAUUAUGCUUUUUAUGGAUAUAGUGAGUUAUUUGGGAAAGGGGAGGGGGUCCUUUAAGGAAUUGCAAAAAAAUCAUGAAAAUAUAGCUUGUUUGGUGUCAAAAUGAUCGGAUUAACAUGAGCAAUCUAUAUUUUUCCUUGAAAAUUCAAAAUUCUGAAAUUUUCAGCCAAAUUCUCGAUGAACUUCAACGUCGGAUUCGCAAUGAAACCCCAACAAUUUCUCGAUGCAAUUGGUGCCAAUGAAUGGGAAGAUCGAACAAAUCACAACUAUUAUAUGGAUGUGUGAGUUGAUCUACAGUAGUCCGCGGGGGGUACUGUAGCAUACAGUAAUCUUGCAGAGCUAUCGAUCAAUUGAAAUAUUUCGUUUGGCGACCGGCUCCGGUGGAUUUUGGAUACUCGACUCUAGUUUUCCUGACUGCCAGGUAAAUUCAAAUUUUGCCGCCAAAAAUUUCGCGCCAUUUUCCAGACAAGACCUAACCGAUCUUCCAUCGUUCGAUUCUCCGCCUCCAAAUUUCGAUGACGUCAUUGUUGUGCCGUUGAAGGGCUCGAAAUUCGAGACGAAUUACACAAAAAUUGCGAUUUCGGAUGAUUUGAAUGCGGAUGAUGUUAAGACAAUUCUACCGUAUUUGAGGUGUCAUUAA